UGCGUCUUCUUCCAUACCCACCUUUUUGAGCACUCCUCCUCCUUCCAUUUUCUGCAGCCUUCUGCGCAGAUUUGUAAAAAAAAGGAGAGAAACUCCCAAAACCUUUGAUUAUCAAUCUCUUCCCUUUCUUCCUUUCCUCAGCAGUUUGCAGCAGCCAUGGAGUACCCAAAUGAUCAGUCCAGGGAAACCUCUCCACAGAGGAAAUCUGGUAGGGGAAAGAUCGAGAUCAAGCGGAUCGAAAACACCACAAAUCGCCAAGUUACCUUCUGCAAGAGGAGGAAUGGUUUGCUCAAAAAGGCCUAUGAAUUAUCAGUUCUUUGUGAUGCUGAAGUUGCCUUGAUUGUCUUCUCUAGCCGUGGCCGCCUCUAUGAGUAUGCCAACAACAGUGUCCGAGCAACAAUUGAGAGGUACAAGAAGGCUAGUGCUGAUACCUCCAAUGGCAGCUCGGUUUCUGAAGUUAAUGCACAGUUCUAUCAGCAAGAAGCUGCCAAAUUGAGCCUGCAAAUUGGGAGCUUGCAGAAUACAAACAGGAACAUGCUAGGUGAAUCAUUGAGUUCAUUGAGCAUGAAGGAACUCAAAAGCUUGGAGUGUCGCUUGGAGAAAGGAAUCAGCAAAAUACGUUCCAAGAAGGUUCCUCUGUGAUUUCUCAUUCAUAUUUUCAUCUUAAUUUUUUUUUCCUUGUAAAAUAUAUGAUUUUAACAAAA